AUGACGGAAGCUCUGAGCUCCUUGUAUUUCAAAUAUCUGUAUCAUCGAAUUCCGGUGGUGGACCAUCAAGACGUUGCUUCUGUCUGCUCGUCGACUCUUCUGCAGCAAUCUCUCUGCUUAGCUGGCUCUGUCCUCCGUCACCCAAAAUCAACAAAAAGCCUUGUGGAAAGUGAAAGGUUCUAUGCAAGAGCCAAGGCUCUUUUCUACUCGAAUCAUGAGCAUGAUCCACUUACCAUACUCAAAUCCGUAUGUCUACUAACUCUAUGGACUGUCACACCCCCGGCUGUUGUGACAAUUGAUUCUGGCUGGAGCUGGCUUGGACUCGCCAUUCGUUUCGCGUUUCAGAUCGGACUUCAUAAAGAGUCAACAUACUCACAGAGAUCCUCACCGGGCUGUGCUCGCCGCAUAGCCUGGUUUCUAUAUGCACAAGACAAACUGCAUACAAUUUGUUUCGGACGACCUCAAAUGAUUCAGUCACAAGACUUUGAUCUACUCCCACCUUCGGUGACCGACUUCGAGAAUCCCGAAGAUGGACAAGCUCUUCAGUUUGUUCUUUACACAAAGUUGAUGACUAUAUUGGCACAGAUGUUGCCUCUCCAACAGCGUGAUCCGACGGCAAAUUUCGAAAAGGCCUUAGCCAUUCUCUCGGACCUCAAAGAUUGGGUUGGGGAUAUGACCUUACACCUUCAUAUCUUUGAUAACUCAGGGAGACUGAUAUACGACCGUGCUCUCUAUGAGAUUCUCACUUGGUAUUUUACUUGCGUUAUAUCCUUUUUUCAUGUGCAUGGCAGAUUCUUUCACCCUUCGGUCAUAUCCACAAUAUCCCUCGUGGCGUCUUCUUGUAUUAUUCGCCUAUACCAAGAAAUGGACUACCGAGAUGACAUCAAUUACCUCAUGCCUAUCAACAAUUGGUCCAUGAUGGUAGCCUCUCUUCCACAAUUGAGCAGUCUACGCCAUGAAAGCAAUACAGUCACAAUCGCAGACCACGAUCCAGGCGUUGACCCUCUAUCCCUCGAAGAACUAGAUAUUCUUCUCGAGAUCAUGGCAGAGAGAACAAUAAAGUUCCCCGGCGCAGGAGCUGUUCUUGAAAAGAUAAGAAGAUUCAGAACCGAGAUCAUAUCUCACGGUGCCUCCUCCAAUACUUUAUUUGGGCUACACGAGCCCAGCAAAUAUCCCUGGUCGUCAAAUGAGAGAGCUUAUGCGACCAUACCAAGAAUUCACGAAUUGUUCCCAUUUCAAAAGGAAAUAAGUCCGAGGAUGGAUUUACUCUACACGAUGGAAGCGGAUGAGUUUCCGAGCGGACUUUUCGAGAAUUUUACCGACUGGUCCAUUGAGAACUUUUUUAAUCUGGACGAUUUCAACCCCUGUCCCUAA